AUGAAGUUUCUCAUCUCCCUUCUCUGCCUUGCCACUGUCGUCGUGGCAGGCCCUCUGAACAACAACAACCGCAACAACUCUGAAGGCCUUUUUGAGCCAUUUAGCUCCAACUCCGACUCUGGCUUCAUCAUCGGCGGUGUGCCCGCCCAGGACGGCCAACUGCCCUGGCAGGUGUCCGUUCAGCGAGGCUCAUUUCACUUCUGCGGCGGCAGCAUCAUCUCCCCACACUACGUCCUCUCGGCGGCCCACUGCUUCCGCGGCCUUUCCCCCACGCAGAUUCAAGUUCGCUACAACACACUGCGCUCCAACUCAGGCGGACUGGUGGCCAAGGUGGUGGAGAUCAUCAGCCACAAGGACUACUACGUCGGACCGCAGUACAACAAUGACAUUGCCCUGCUCAAGCUGGCCACCCCGCUGGUGCUGGGCAGCGCCAAUGCGCAGGCCAUUCCGGUGGCCAGCGCCGGGGAUGACCCUUCUUCGGGCAAUUUGCUCCUCUCUGGUUGGGGCGAUGUGGUGGAGGGCGCCAACAAGGGCACUACCGUUCUGCAGACGGUGCAGGUGCCGCUGAUCACUCGGGAGAGCUGUUCGGAGCAGUACAAAGGCACCUUUGUCAUUAAUGAAAACAUGUUCUGCGCUGGCUUCCCUUCUGGUGGAAAAGAUACUUGCCAAGGUGAUAGCGGAGGACCAGCCGUCCUCAAUGGAAAACUGGUGGGCAUUGUCUCUUUUGGCUACGGCUGCGCUCGAGCUGGUAAACCGGGAGUGUACACUCGCCUGGGCAACUACAUUGACUGGAUGAAGGAGAAGGGCGUCUCUUUUUAG